AUGUUUUUGAAAAAGAGUAGAACUUUUUUUUUUAAGUUAAGAAGUUAUAGAAAAUUUUGUGAUAGUAAUAAUUACAUAAAUAAUAGCUACUUAAAUUAUGUGAAAAUUAAUAAAAAUAUAAAUGAUAAAAGUAGCAAAGAAAAUCGGUAUUGUAAGGAUGACAUAAAAUUAAAUAAUGAAAAUAUAAACAACUUAGAAAAAUUUAAAGCUUCAAAUACAACAAAUAACAAAGAGGAAUUUUCUUUAAAUAAUGGUAAAAAUAAUUAUGAUAAUCAAAAUAAUAAUAUAGAUGAUAAUGAUAAUAUUUAUUUGGGUAAUAAUAAAAUAAAAAAAAAAAAAAAAAAUGUAAAUGAUAAUGAAAAUGUAUCUAAUGAUAAAAAUGAAAAUAAAAAAAAAAUUGAGGGAUCUAAUGAAUUUCACACCAUAUAUAAUGAUGAUUUAUGUGAAGAAGAAAUUAAAAAAAGUGAAUAUAAUUACAAGAUUAGUGAAGAAAAAAUCAAAGAAGAUAUUAUAAAUGAGAAUAGUAAAGAUUUUAUAGAAAGUAGUGAUAUAGACCCAAAUAAUAAUAUAAACAAUUUUUAUGUUAAUGAUUCAAAUAAUUUAAAUAACAAUAAUGAUAUAAAAAGAAAUUAUAAAAAUGAAAAUUUACAUAAUGAUUUAAAGGAUGAAAAUAUUGUAGGAGAAUUUAAUGAUUUAAAUGAGGAUAUUACAUUAAAUAAUAUUAAUGAAUUAAAUAAUGAUGAUUUAAAUAUGAAGUAUAGUGAAAUAAAUGACUCUAAUAAUUCAAACGAUUCAUUUGAUGAAAGCAAUUCCGAAUUCAAAAGUGACAAACAAAUUUCAAAUUCCCAUGAUACUUCAAGAGAAGAUUCGGAAAAAUGGAUAGAAAAUGAAGAAGAUAUACCAAAUAUAUUUGAAGUAGACGAAAAUUUAAGUGAAGAAGAGAAAAAAGAAAAAUUGAAAUUAAUAAAAUUAAUUACAGAAAAAUUAGCAGGCCCUUUAAAAUCAAAAAAUGAAGAAAAUUCAAAAAAUGAAGAGAAUUCAAAAAGUGAAGAGAAUUCAAAAAAUGAAGAAGAUUCAAUAUUUGGGGACAACAGACCAAUUGCAAUUGAAGUAGAUGGCCCAUCUCACUUUUACGCUAAUAGUAAUAGAUAUACAACAUACACAAAAUUAAAACAUAGAAUUUUAACUAAAUUAGGAUACAAUGUUAUUCAUAUAAGUUAUAUUGAUUGGAGAAAAUUACGAAAUAAAAGUGAAAGAGAAGAAUUUAUUUUAAAGAAACUUAAAGAAAAGAACGAUGAAUUUUUAGACGAUAAUGAUAGAGUUUAUUAUAAUGAAAGAAUGAACAUGAUUAAAGAAGAUUAUAUGAAAUAUAUGAAAGAGAAAAAAGAUAAAAGUGAAUAA